AUGCGGUUCCGCCAUCUGGUCGCCUCCACAGGGCGGGGGCUGGCUGGUGUUGCUAUCGCCGCCUAUAAGCUCCGCACUCCGCUUGUCGUCGACGACAGCGCACUCGGCCGGUCCCACGUCACCCAUCCUCCUCCGCUGCCUCUGCUGGCGCGCAAUCUGCGAAUCGCUGGCGCUUUGGCAGUUGUCGAGCUUGCUCCUCACGGAAACUGGCCUCCGCUCGAGCCAGCGUUGGAGGUGCUGGCUGCUGCAGUGCCCGACGUUGAUGCUCGAGCAGUAGCGCUGGACGCCGCCCCGCUCGCCCGUCUCGUCGACCUGCUGGUAGCCGAGCCGCAUCGCCGAGUCCGCGAGCUGCUCAUCGAGGUUCUGGCCGGCCUCACCGCUGAGCCGGCGGCCGCCGACGAGCUCGUGGCGGUCGGCGGCGUCUCGGCCCUGCUCUUCUGCGCCCGCUCCGAGCUGGUUCCGGUCGAGGUGUUUGAUCCACAGCGGGCGGCGCGGCUCCUCACAGCUCACGCCCCGGUCACCGCCGAUCCCGAUCCACGGUUUGCCACGGUGGCCGACAAUGUCGAUGCGAUAGCGGCGGCGCUCUGCGAGCUCCUGCUCUUUCUCCCGACUCCGCGCGAGUACUCGUCCACGCUCGCUGAUCGCGAGUAUGUGAGCAAGCGGCUGGCGAGCGCCGUGAAGACCCCGGACGCCAGCCCGCCCUCGUGGUGGGCUCGGGUCUCGGGUGCCAUCCCGCGGGUCUGGGGCGGCUCUGCCGACGGGGCCAAGCUCGAUGCUACUCUCCUCAGGCUCCUCGGUGACUACACGGGCUCACCGACGUCGCGGAGCGCGGUCGCGGCAGUGCCUGCCCCGGUCCUCGUCAGCGUGCUCUGUGAGCUUCUCGACCGCGCCGAUGCCGCCGACGCCAACUCGGCCGCCAUUCAAGUCGCCCGCAUUGUGGCCAACGUGGCGCUGGAUGACAAUGCAAGCGCCGCACUCACCCACACAGUCCUCACCUCGACGCUGCUUCCACGGCUUGUGCAAUGGUCGCGAGCGGCCGACGACGAGUCCGACCAGCCGAUGGAGCUCAAGCUCCAGGCCGUCCGCGCCCUCUCCAACAUGCAUCGCCCGUUUCGCAUUGCGCAGCGGCCGGGCAAGUUUGUCUCUGCCUACGACGACUCAGUCUACAUCCUGCACCCGACGUCGGCCACCGAGACCCUGCACGAUGCCGAGGCGGAUGCGACGACCGCGACGUCGAGUCUAGACAUUGUGUUUGUGCACGGCCUCCGCGGCCACCCAGUGACGACCUGGCGGACAUUUGCGCCGUUGGGACAGCCGCGAUCCAACAUCAUUUGGCCGCACGCCUGGCUUCCGCACGAUCUGGAGCAGCUUGUGGCCCGAGUUGCCCGCGAGCGCGGGCGGUCGCCCAUGCGUGCGGGCCAUGACUACACCUCGUCCGAGCUGGUCAAGCUCGACGACAAGGCAUCGAAGCUCUGGCGCGACGCCGGGCUCGAGACGGCGUUCCUGAGCGGAAUGGCAGCACGCAAGGCACGGCCUGGUGCCGACCACAAGCAACUUCGCAUUGCUGACGCGCGAAUCCUCUCGAUCGGAUACGACUCGGUCUGGUCCGAGUGGUCCGGCUCGUCGCUGACGCUCGAGGAGCGCGGUGCGGCGCUUCUCGACAAGCUCGUCGAGGCCGGUGUCGGCCGCGGCGGGCGGCGCGUGGUCUUUGUCACCCACUCGAUGGGCGGGCUGGUAGUCAAGCAAGCGCUCGUGCUUGCUGAGCAGCGGGCGCCAGCAUUGCUGGCGCGGACAGUCGGCAUUGCCUUUUACGCCACUCCGCACUUUGGCUCAUGGCUCCCGCUGGUGGCCUCCUACGCGUCGUCGGUCUACAAGCCGUCGCAUGAUCUCCAGGUCCUGCAGAUGGGCUCGGUUCAGCUCCGCCUCCUCAACGAGCUUGUCCGCCGCUACCGGCAUAUUGCGGUCAUGUCUGUGGGCGAGGAGAUUGCGCUCCCGCUCCCACCGGAGCGGCCGUCGUCGCCGCUGCGCAUCGUCAUCGUCCCGCCCGAGUCGGCGUAUCCAGGCUAUGGUCGCUUUGUCACCGUACCUAACGACCAUCUGACGGCGUGCAAGCCAGCGAGCCGCAGCGACCCCAUCUACCUCUUGCUUCUCGAGUUUCUGGAACACGUUCUCCGCUGCGAGCAGGCCACGGCCCAACGGGCGCGGCACGCGUCGAGCCAGUAG